CAAAAUUGUGGUGUUCAUUUAUUUUCCCGGCAAAGCUUACAAACCCUAACUCUCAUUGGAUGGAGAGCAAUGGCGAUUACAGUUCAGAGGAGGAAGGCAUUGAAGAUUACAGGCGUGGAGGGUACCAUGCGGUUCGAGUUGGUGACACUUUCAACGAUGGCUGCUACAUCGUCCACUCCAAACUCGGUUGGGGUCACUUUUCCACCGUCUGGCUGGCUUGGGACACUCUCAAUUCGCGUUAUGUAGCGCUCAAAAUUCAGAAGAGUGCGCAGCACUACACGGAAGCUGCGAUGGAUGAAAUAAAGAUUCUCAAACAAAUUGCUGAGGGGGACCCUGACGACAAGAAAUGUGUUGUGAAGCUUUUGGAUCACUUUAAGCAUUCUGGGCCUAAUGGUCAGCAUGUGUGUAUGGUUUUUGAAUUCUUGGGUGACAAUCUUCUCACCCUUAUCAAAUAUAGCGACUAUCGUGGGGUUCCUCUCCCCAUGGUUAAAGAAAUUUGUUUUCAUAUUUUGGUGGGGUUGGAUUACUUGCAUCGUGAGCUUUCAAUCAUACACACUGAUUUGAAGCCAGAGAAUGUGUUGCUUCUGUCAUUGAUAGAUCCAUCUAAGGAUCCUAGAAAAUCAAGUGCUCCUGCUCCGCUUAUCAUUCCAAACACCAAGGAUAAGACUGUGUCCUAUAAUGGGACUACCCAAGAAAAUAAAGUUUUGAAUGGAGAUUUGACAAAGAACCAGAAAAAGAAAAUGCAGAGACAUGCUAAGGUAGCUCAAGGCUGUGUUGAGAAGGAAAGUUCAGACGAUGGUGAGGAGAAUUAUAAAGUACCUGAGCAAGAUUGCAGUAAUGGUGUGAAAUCAAGUGUGGGAUGUGUUGAAGAUAAACCUAAUAGUUCAUUGAGUAAAGAUGAAUCAACAAAGACUUUUGAAAAGGAUGUUUCACAAGGAAGUCCUGGUCAUAGGAGAGCUAGCCGUUCCAUGGGAAAGAAAUUGCUGGCAGCUGUUGAUCGUAAGUGCAAGCUGGUUGAUUUUGGUAAUGCUUGUUGGACUUAUAAACAAUUCACAAAUGAUAUUCAAACAAGGCAGUAUAGGUGUCCUGAGGUUCUUCUUGGAUCUAAAUACUCAACUCCAGCAGAUUUAUGGUCGCUUGCUUGCAUUUGCUUUGAGCUUGCCACUGGUGAUGUUCUUUUUGAUCCUCACAGUGGUGAAAACUAUGAUAGAGAUGAGGACCAUCUGGCAUUGAUGAUGGAGCUUCUUGGGAUGAUGCCUCACAAGAUUGCACUAGGUGGCCGGUAUUCCCGAGAAUUUUUCAAUAGACACGGGGACUUGAGACACAUCAGCAAUUUGCGAUGCUGGCCAAUGGAUAAGGUGCUGAUGGAGAAAUAUAAUUUCAGUGAGCAAGACGCAACUGACAUGGUUGACUUUCUUGUUCCAAUACUUGAUUUUGUACCAGAAAAGAGACCAACGGCUGCUCUGUGUCUUAGUCAUCCAUGGAUCAGUGCAGGUCCUCGGACUCUUGAGCCCUCAAUAACUACCAUGCUACCUGAUGCCAUCAAUGAGGAAUUGUUAGAAAAGAAGAAGAGGGAAAGGGCUGAGCAGGAGGUAGUGGAAAUUGCUUUGAGGAAUGCAGCCAUUAGUGGAACUCCUGAGCCUCUCAAAGAUUCCCAACCUCAAAAGUCAUCGAAAUAGAUACAAAUUGGCUUGUCUGGGUGGUACAUGCAACCUGUUUUGCUUGCCUGGAUAAGUAUUGCUGGUCCUUGGAUCUUGAUAUCUAUGCAAUUGUUACACGGGAAUGUAGUGCAUGAGUCAUCGAGCCUGUGAUUUUGGAAGCUCUUCGAAGGGCGAAGGCUGGAUUUCUGCUGCAUUGGUCUGACGUCACUUCUUCCCCCCUUUACUGAUGGUAUUACCGAGGUAGCUUCAAUUUCAAUUGGACAAGUGUGCUAACUGCUAAGUUAUAUACUUCAUGAUCUCCCUAGAUUAGAUUUUUGUCUUUCAGACACUAUGUUUUUGGGCUGAGUGAGGUUGAAUUGUACAUUUUAAAUGAGUUCCUUGAUUUGUCUGCAUGAGACGUUGCUAGUUGAGUUUAUGUAACACAAUACGUUAAUUUUAAUACAUUUUAAAACAUUUUUUUGUGAUUGAUCUAUUUUUAAAAAAGUUAAAGUAAUUUUUAAGAACUUACCAAUUUGCAGGAUUAAUGCUUUAACUUUUUGAAAAAUAGAUCAAUUAUAAAAAAAAAUUAUGUUCAAAAUGGUAUUGUUAACAUUUUU